UGCGUGGGGUUCUGUGAAUUCUCGUGAACGACUUGAUGAACGUCAGUUGAGUGCAAGAAAGUUGUAACAACAAAUGUUCCACGCAAUUAACUUGAAAAAACUCUCAGUUUGUUAUAUAGCGAAUAUAAAUCAUUCCCAAAGUCAAAUGGAAGCUUUGGGACUUGAAAUGGUCGGUUGACGUGGAAAAACACUCUCGCUAGCACCCUCGACCUCAUCUGUUUGCUCACAUCCAAAAUCAUGGCAAACAUUGAGUCCCUCGAUAUCGCUCUUGCUCUCUCUUGCUCUCUCUUGCCCUCCGCGCUUUCCCUCCGUCAGCCCCCAGCCUUGCUUUUUCUUCGACCGCCGCCCACCUCAGGUACUUGAAUCUUCUUCCUCCACUUCCACCUCCUCUUCCUCUUCUCAUCCACAACAACUUUUUUCUUGACCAACCUCAACCACAACUACCCUCUCGCACACGCUCCCAAAAACCAACAGCUUCUUCCAAGGUAAGUCAUCAUACCCAAUGCGCAUCUACAUUCCCAUAUACUCUUUGCAUCUUCGAUCUCUUCCUUGCGCACUUUCAUUCUGACUAUCAACAGCUUCCGUCGUCACCCAGCAACCCCAACCCCAACCCCAACCCCACACAACGUUCAACACACCCAACAACAACAACUCUAAGGUAUGCAUUUCUCUUUCUUAACUCCUCGAUCUCUCGCAUCCACUAUCGCAGCUCAAUUGCCUCUCCUUUCAUCUUGGCAAUCAAUCCCCUCUUGCGCCCCCCGAUCUCAACUUCAAAAGACGCAGCUCAGAGGUCAACCUUUGGGGACUUCCUCGAUCUCACUUUUGGUUUCGCAGAAGACGUUAGAGAUCUCUCGUCUUCAGUCUUGCUGCUCCCUGAGACUCGUCGCAACUUUCUGAGUCCGUCAGAGGUGAGGGCGAUGAAUUCACCUUCAGUCUCAUUUCCCCGCCACCCCAUUUUUUUGUGGUGACGUUUCGUUCCUUCAUACUUCCUCACUUCCCUUAUCAUCUUCUCUCCCAUUCUACCAUGACAUCAUUUGAACAGAGUCUCUCGCUGUCAGCCUUUCGAAGCCCUCAUAGCUAACAUCUAGUCGCCACCAUGCCUAACUGGAAGACAUACGAGUCCUCGGUUCGCUUGCUAAGCGCAAUCGUCGCAGCAAAUCCCGGAAUGAAAUUAGACUAUGCCGGUAAGCACCAAACUCUUUCUUGUUUUCGUUAUGCUUCCGCCUCGUCUCCUUAGAUCUUUUAUAAUUCGUUAUAUCUCUAUUCUCAUUUUCUUUUGUUUUCACCAUUCUUUCUCUCGCAGUGUUCAUGCUGAUGUCCUGCUGAAAUCGGAAAAUACUACGGUGGUGGCACAACAUACAAAUCUGUUUGGGGUCGAUUCACGCAGAUUAACAAGCUCGCGGCACAAAUCAAGGAGGCUGUCGAUGGCGGACUAGAUCCGUUGAACAUUGAGCUGGAUGAAGGUGCUGCAAAGCACAAAGUCCCCAAGGCUCGAGGUAGCAACGAACUUCUACCCCUCCUGAACCCCUCUGCACCAAUCACGUUUUCCUUGAGUUUCUCCUUUGGUUCUGCUGUUGCUUUCGUCAUCUUUGUUCUCCUGUUGAUUUUCACCAGCGAUCGGUGCAAGAUUCGGGGGUGAUUGCACAAAGUCUGCCCUUGAGAAUCGAUUUAGGAAAAUCAAGAAAGAUGCGAAUCUUAUGAAUGAAUGCCUCGCCCGAGGCGAAGAUUCCAUUACCUUGACCAUCGGCGACACUAAUCGUCAGGCCUCUUCUUCUCUUUUCUCCCCUAAACUUUCUUGCACAAUCACCUGUCUCAGCUUUACCGGCUCGAAGUUUCAUUCUCCCUUGUUGAUUUUGUGGCAGAGAUAUCUAGGUGUUAUGGUUCUACAUGCACCAAGAGUUCAAUUUUGAACCUUUUCAAUCGGAACAUUCGUCCUAAUAUCAAGCUUAUCAAGGCGGCUCUUGAGGCUGGAGAUGAUCCUGCCGCUACUGCUCUAUAUGGUCUAUCUGGCCAAGAUCCAAGUCAGACUACGCUUCUUCCAGAUAUCUGCCUAUUCAGCAGCACAUAUUUCACGUUUUCCUUUUGUCGCUUUCUCAAGUUUUGCGUUCCCUUACCACCUACCGAGCACACAAUAUUGACUAACACUCAAGAAAUCGCCAAGUAUUUCGAUGAUUGCACCACGAAGAAGGCUCUUAUGAAUGUUUUCGAUAGGAACAUCAAGCCCAAUGUCAGAAAUCUCCGCAGUGCGGUUGAUGCUAGCCAAAGCCCUGCAACAGUAACUAUGUUUGCUCUUGGAGGAACAGGCAUUGGUCAGAACGAGUCCUCUUCUACUACAAGUUUCCACCUACACUUUAUACAGCCCCUUCGCUACAAAGAACGAGUCAUUAUCACGCAUCUACUGAAUUUUGCAAUCUAUCUUGGGGCAAUCAAAAAGCUAGCUUAAGAAGGUUCAAAAGCACACCAAAGCACAUUUCUUUUGCUAUCUUUGAACAGCUUUGUUAAUAAGUGACAUAGCCAUUGCGGCUCACUUUGGCAGUGAUGCUACGGCGAUUGCAAUCCAAACACGCAUCAAUCGCUUCGUCAAGCCACCAGCGAGGCGUCUACAGGAAUGCGUCAAAGCUGGCGUGGACCCGAAGACGAUUGAUGUUACAGGCGGUGUCAAGGGCGACGAUGGUUGUCAGGAUUCUUUCUUCUCGUUGCCUAGCAAAGCACAUUUCCCAUCUUUGAAACCUCAAGGGUGCCGUUUAUUAACGUAAACACCUAGAGAUAUGCAAAUAUUAUGGAAUGGGCCUCCAACCAGAUAACACUCCAAGUUCAUGUUUCUCGCAGUCUCAGACCCAACGCAAAGCGUCUAGUGGACUGUGUAGCGGCUGGUGGAGAUCCGAGUACUAUUGUAUUUGAUGGAGAAGGCCCAGCUAAGAAGAAAUCCAUGGGUCAGAGUGGAAUUUUGUUUUUCUCACCUUUUGCACUUUAUUAUUCAGUUUUAUUUUCGGAGCAUUAUUUUAACUUGUUAUAGAGACUGCAGCUUGCAUGGGCUCCGAUGUUACGAAGAAAGCAUUGGAGUGGCAAUUCAGUGUUACCCUCAAGAAUAAUGCCCAGCUCAUCAAGGAUGCACGUGCUGCUGGACGUGAUUGCAAGGAUCUCAACCUGACUUUGGGUGGCAGUGCCAGCUCCAAGAAAUGUUAGCCUGAUUGAGAUCGCUUUUAUCAUUUUUAAGCACAUCUGAAUUUCUAUUACACUUCCCUCGUUCUUUCUAUUGACUUGCAUGUAGAA